GUACCCAAUGAAAAUGAGUUCUUUUACCUCCAUGGCUCUUCCCCUGCAAGCUUCUGUUCCUGUUGCAGCUAUUUCGAAUGAGCUCAUUAUGAGGAGAUCUGCAGAUUACAAGCCUCCUAUCUGGAGCUUUGAAGACAUUCAGUCCCUGAAAGUUGAGUACGAGGAAGAAUCAUUCAAAAGUCGCAUCAAGAAGUUGAAGGAAGAUGUUAUAGUGAUGCUAGAAGAAAAGGAGAUGGACAAGGUUCCUUUGCAACAACUCGAGCUCAUUGAUACGUUGCAAAGGCUUGGAUUAUCUUACCAUUUUGAGAAUGAAAUCAACAGAAUUUUGGAGAAAGUAUACACAAAUAAUCAAGGUUAUUAUUAUGGCUUUGAGAGAGAGAGUUUAUACAUGGCUGCGCUUGAAUUUAGAAUCUUAAGACAACAUGGGUACAAAGUACCUCAAGAGAUAUUCAAAAAUUUCGUAAAUGAGGGUGGAAACUUCAAGGCUUGUCUCAACAAGGAUUGCAAAGGAAUGCUAUAUUUGUAUGAAGCUUCCUUCCUUUCAUUGGAAGGUGAAAGUACACUGGAUGGAGCUAGAACUUUCGCGAGAAAUUGUCUUAGUGAAUAUGUUAAGUUAGACGAAAGCAAAAAUCCUUACCUUUCAACACUAGUGGAGCAUGCACUGGAGUUUCCACUCCGUUGGAGAAUGGCAAGGAUGGAAGCAAGAUGGUUCAUUGAGGUUUAUCAACGAAGUCCAGAUAUGAACCCCCUCUUGCUUGAUCUUGCCAAGCUGGAUUUCAACAUGGUGCAAGCGAUAUACCAAGAAGAUCUAAAACAUGCCUCAAUGUGGUGGAAGGGAACAGGUCUUGGAAAAAAUUUGGGGUUCAUCAGGGACAGAUUGAUGGAGAAUUUCUUAUGGACUACAGGAGUAUUUUUCCAACCUCAGUAUGGAUAUUUUAGAAGAAUGACCACACAAGUCGGUUCACUAAUAACAACAAUAGAUGAUGUUUAUGAUGUUUAUGGAACAUUGGAUGAACUUGAGCUUUUUACUGAUGCUAUUGAAAGGUUUUGGCUAGAUUUAUGUAAAACUUACUUGAUAGAGGUAAAAUGGUACCACCAAGGAUACACACCAUCUUUGCAGGAGUACAUUGAUAAUGCAGUCAUUUCAGUAUCAGCACCUCUACUAGUGUUGCAUGCUUAUAUUCUUUCUUCAAAUCACAUAACAACUAAGGUCCUACAAUAUUUAGAGGAAGAAUUGCCCAGUAUAAUCCGUUGUUCAUCAAUGGUAUUGAGGCUUGCAGAUGAUUUGGGAACAUCAUCGGAUGAAAUGAGAAGGGGUGAUGUUCCAAAAUCCAUUCAAUGUUACAUGCAUGAAACUGGAGUUUUAGAAGAAUAUGCUCGUGAACACAUACAAGAUUUGAUUGACAAAACAUGGAAGAAGAUGAAUAAAUAUGAAUUUGAACCUUCUCUUCUCCCUCAAACUUUGAUUGAAGCUGCAAUAAACGUUGCAAGAAUGGCUCAAUUUAUGUACAAACAUGGAGAUGGCCAUAGCUCUCAAGAUGAUGUAAUGAGGCAUCGCAUAUUAUCAUUGCUCAUCGAACCUAUCCCAUUGCCUCGCCCUGAGGAAUCACAUAUUACUGCCUAAGCUUGUGUAUUUUCAUUCUUAAAUUUUUAUUUAAAAUGUACUUUAAGGGCUUAAAUUGACAACUUUCUGAAAUAAAGGAACUUAAAUCUU